GCGGCCGGCGAGGUCAUCCAGAGACCGGCCAACGCCAUCAAGGAGAUGGUCGAAAACUGUUUGGAUGCUAAAUGUACCAGUGUCCAGGUGGUAGUGAAAGAAGGUGGUCUGAAGCUCAUCCAGGUGCAGGAUAAUGGCUGUGGCAUCAGAAAGGAAGAUCUGGACAUUGUAUGUGAGAGAUUUACUACGAGUAAGCUGCAGAAAUUUGAAGACUUGGCUAAUAUUUCUACCUAUGGUUUUAGGGGAGAGGCAUUGGCUAGCAUCAGUCAUGUUGCCCACGUUACAGUAACGACUAAAACAGCUGAUGCAAAGUGUGCAUACAGAGCUACUUACAGCGAUGGAAAAAUCAAAGCUCCUCCAAAGCCCUGUGCUGGGAACCAAGGGACUCAGAUCACGGUUGAAGAUCUCUUUUACAAUGUAAUAACAAGGAGAAAAGCUUUAAAAAAUCCAAACGAAGAAUACGCAAAAAUACUGGAAGUUUGUGGCAGGUAUGCCAUCCAUAACUCAGGCAUCAGCUUUUCAGUUAAAAAGCAAGGUGAAACCGUGUCAGAUGUGAGAACCUUAUCAAACGCCUCAACAGUGGACAACAUCAGAUCCAUCUUUGGGAAUGCUGUUAGCAGGGAACUGAUCGAAGUGGACUGUGAGGAUGCGAGCCUGGCCUUUAAAAUGAAAGGCUACAUCACAAAUGCAAACUACUCUGUGAAGAAAUGUGUAUUUCUGCUCUUCAUAAACCACCGCCUGGUGGAGUCGGCCGCUCUGCGGAAAGCCGUUGAGACUGUCUAUGCUGCUUACCUGCCAAAAGGCACUCAUCCCUUCCUGUACUUAAGCCUGGAAAUAGCCCCCCAGAAUGUAGAUGUGAACGUGCACCCUACAAAACACGAGGUCCAUUUCCUUCAUGAAGACAGUAUUUUAGAGCGUGUACAGCAGCACAUCGAGAGCAAGUUACUGGGCUCCAAUUCCUCAAGGAUGUACUUCACUCAG